UAUGAUUAAAACGAUGAUUAAAGGCACACAAAAUAUUCCGCAUUUUGAAACACUUAAUGCAAUAUGAACUCUGGAAACAUUUUUAAGUUCUUUUUUACCUCAAAAAGGCUGAGGAGUGAAAUUCCUCCCAUUAGAUGAACAGAAACAAACCUAGAAAUAUUGUACAUAAGGAAAAUGUCAAUUUUCUAUUCAUUUCAUAAUCAUAUUUUAGAAAAAUUCACAGCGUGUCAGCUGUGUCGUGGAUCCUAAAUAUUUUACUACAUACAGACAACAUUUGUCUCAUUUCUUUGCAAAGAAAACCAUCUUCAGUACUACUAUUGAAAAGGCUUUUACUGUAUAAGGUUUAAAUGGUAGCAAGCGCUCAGUUUACAAGCUGAGAAGGCCUUUCCUUAGCCUUAGGUCAGGGUAUUUACUGAAAUUCCAAUAAAGACAGUCAUCAGGGACUCACAUGUCUCAAUUGAUCAAUGAACUUUGAAAAAGUGUGAACAUGCAAGAAAAUAGACUUAAAAAAUACACAGUAGUUACAAAGUAAUUGUUGACAUUCACUAAUAGAUUAAACUGUUACAAUGCCUUGUCUGAAUUCAGAUUUGAAGUUAAAAAGUGACAGAAUUUGUGGAAUCUACCCUGAUGUACAGUAGGUACAUGAUUUGUUUUUUUCCAGGAACAUAAAAACUAAGAGGAUGCAAUAUGUAUGAUUUUUAACAAUAUCUUUAAUAUGUCUUUUGAGAGUCUUACCAGGAGUUUUGUACCUCUUUUCAUAUGAAUGCAAGCACUGUAUUGUGUCCUUAAAAAAGCUCAAAAUUAAGUUUGGUAAUUCAAAAUGUUAAAAGGCAUUACUGAGAGUGUAAAUCUAUCAAGAAAUUCAGUCAUGUAUUUUAACAUGAGUUCUCCUUUAAGUUCUUUUUGGGAAAUUUUCAUUAUAUUUUAAAAUAAUUUUAGGAAAGAAGAUCAUGAAUGAAUAAGACAGGAUUUAUGGAAAACAUUUGUAAAAAUGCAUACCUUUGGAUUAAGAGCUGGCUAAUGGAUAGAAACAGAGUGUAGAUAAGGGGUGAACGGGGUACCACAGGAAUCUGCCCCUUCCUUGUUUUCAAAAGAAAGAUAUUGCCAUUUCUGAAUCAGUCCAGAGAAGAGAUUCCCAGUCUCAAAGGAACACCCUACUUUGAAGGGUAAAAAAACAAGACAUUUUUAACAGAGAAGACUAAGAAAGGAUCGGAUUCAAGCAGUCAAAACGGACACGAGCAUUGUCUAGGACAUUCCUACAGAGUUGCGCAUCUUCAACAGUGAGAUGCGAACCAGAGGACACAAGGAUUACGGAAUUCCCAGGAAUUUAAAACUGGGAAACGAAGGCAUACCUUUACACAGACAGUUCUGGGAGUCUGGAACAAUUUACUCAGCCAUACUGUUGAAGACAAUACCCACCUUUUUUUGAGAAAAGUCGGAAUGAGAUCCUGGGUUCAAUUAGUUACUGGCAAUCAAACGAGCUGCUUGGGCUUAAUGGACUCCCUGAGCUCGCCAGCCUUGUUGUGUUCUUACAUUUGACUAAUCAGAACAUUCCCCUGACUGUAGCCUGAGGCUGUAGCUGAAGAGCUCUCCCUCAUGCAUGAGACACACAAGAAACAAAAAUCGACUGUGUUCACUACUCUGCUAAGAUGCGAAAAUGGUCAAGUGAGAUGACUCCCUUCCUCAGGACAAGAGAAGAGGAACCGAGCGGCCCUGCGUGGGUCGCUCCGAGACAGGGCUGGCUGAGGGGGACAGGCCUACACGGACGCGAUCAGGUCACGGCCGGAGCUGAGGCCGCAGGAAAUGGAUACACCGAGGGCGUGACUGGAGACGCCGAAGGUAAAUGGCGAAGACCAAUUACUGGCAUGAAAUAGCACGGGCAGGAAAUCUGUAGUAGCAGAAUCAUUUUCAAUUUAUCUUUAUUAUAGUGCACAUGCACACUUAAAGCAAAUGACACGAAUGAAAGUCAUGCCGUGGCACCAAAAUGUCUUCUGUAAAGAUUUCCGCAAAUGUCGCAGAUGAUAUGAAUUUUUAUUGAAAAUUGUGAUUUCAAAACAAGCCAGCAUCAAUGCGCUCCUCAGUCCAGAUUGUUUCCAGUAACAACCACAAUCCCACCCUUUAAAAAAUAAUAAUAAUAAUUUGAUGUGAGGGUUUAAACUAACUUGGUUUCUUUAGUGUCUUGUAUACGUGCAUCGCGCGUAAUAACAUUGGUUCUAAACAAAAGUAACUGUGGAGCCACAAUAAAACCGCUCUGUAAACACGUGCGAGUGCCGCCCCCUUCAGCAGACUUAAUACCUGAAGUGUAAUUUUUUAUUAUUACCCAUCAGGAUUAAAUUAAGCGGUCUUUUGCCCUGUAAUAUGUUGGCAACCUCUUCUUUCUGCGCUUUUCUGGGGGACUUCGAAAUGUUGCCAGAAUACGACGGCGUUAAAUAAAAAGAGGGCAACCACAUUCGCUGCAAUCCUGCAGCGACUCCAGGUCCGGGGCAGCUGCCCGAAACUGCGCCCACAGCGCCUGGUUGGCUGAGGUGUUUGUGUUGGGUUUUUCUUCGGAGGAAUGCAAAGUAUGUCGGGUUUAAUCGUGCGCUUGGUUAGUUAGCUCUGCCGAGGACUCAUCUGCCCGUGAGGGCUGUGCGAGUGUGCGCUUCUCCGCCUCUCCAGGCUCCUCCUCGCCUUGGCCGGCCCCUCGCUGAUCAAGCGGAAGUGGGUUCACUCCUUUCGGGAUUAAAGGGAUUCUGGUCAGUUUCAACAACACGCGUCCUAAGCGUACUGCACACACGUUAAUGGUACCACAGCGUAUUUAUGCAAGAAGAAGGUUCAGGAAAUUUUUCCCCCUCCCGGCGGCUUGUAUCACACCGUCUCACUGGUGGGGGAAUCGGCGUGUGCGUUUUCCUUCGGGUGUUCCAGGAAAGCCAGUGGAAAAAUACAGUGCAAUUUUGGUGAAGGAACGGGCUGUUCUGUAAUUACAUGUUUGCUUCAAUCAAUCCCGACCUCGGUCCGGCGAUGGAGUGAGAAGAAAAAAAAAGGAAGACGACAUGGAAAUGAAGAGUUGGGCAUAUUAAAAGAAAAUCGAUACGAAGAAACUGUAGAAGAUCGUGUUACUUCUGAUUAAAUGCUUUGAUGAAUUAUUGAAUUGCUCCUAGGCGGACUUCACUGUUGUUUAACGUACUUGGCGCAGCGCAGGAGGACCCGAUGGUGGACUAGGCAGGGAAAAAAACAACAAACAAUUUCUUGCGAAGAAAUAUAUGUUGUGGAUUAAGAAAUUGAUACCGUAUUGAGUGUGUAACCUUGUCGUCAUGCGGUGGCGGGGGAGGAUCGGAGCAGGAACCACACAACGGAUUUCGUGUUUCGCAACAAUGUUGCCGCUGCAUCUCGCAGGAUUAUAAAAUAAACCGAUAUAAUGAUAACAGAUCAAUAAAUAACAUGGAUUUGCACUAUCUAGCGAUCUGAAAACAAAAACAAAACAAAGCGAGGGACUAAUACACAGUAACUGAUUUUUUAACCUAAUUUCUCUUAAUUCAAAACGAGCAGGCUACUUUUAAUUUUUAACAAUUCGCUCGAGAUUUCCGUAAUUCGCACGCCGUUUUGAAUUGAAUUCGACCGUAGACAAGUUAUCGGAGAAGCGUCGUUUUUUUUUUAAACCCUACCUGGACAAUUACAUUUCCCAAAGACGGUUCAGAUAUGUAAAAGGCAAGCUGAACGCGCGUGUGUGUAUAUACGCAAUGGUAUAAUCUGGGUCUUUCGCUUUAAAACACAACCUGGAACGUUAAACGAUUAAACGACAGGAAACAAGGUUUACAAACAGAGGGGGAGGCACACGCACGCCUCAAUGUAACGUUUUAAUUUGAUCCUGCUUUACAUUGGCUGUGUUGCAAAUGGCUUCAUUUCCAGAUUCCGAUCUGCAGACAUGUCCCUUGUGUAAGGAACUGUGCGGCUCCUCGGCUCCGAUCUCCUCCAACUCAUCUACCUCAUCUUCCUCAUCUCAGACCUCCACUUCUUCUACCUCAUCCUCCAGGAGGCUCCACGUCCUGCCCUGCCUCCAUGCCUUCUGUCGCCAGUGCCUGGAAGGGCAGCGGAGCCCCGGCGACCCCUCCAAGCUCCGGUGCCCGACGUGUGACCAGAAGGUCUCCAUCUCCGAGUCCGGGGUGGACGCGCUGCCGUCGACGAACUUCCUGUUCAGCAAUCUGUUGGACGUGGUGGUCUCCUCGGAGGACAACAAACACAGCUGCAGGAGCAACAACCACUCCCACGGCCUUAUGCGGCCCCACCACCUUGGGGAGCCCCAGUGCAGCUCCUGCGACGAGGGCAACCCUGCUACCUCACACUGCCUGGACUGCCAGGAGUACCUCUGCGACAACUGCGUCCGGGCCCACCAGCGGGUCCGCUUGACCAAAGACCACUUCAUCGAGCGGCUGGUGGAGACCGUGCACCUGGCCAGCCGCACCAACAACUCCAACGCGCCCGUCACCAUCUCCCAGUCCUUCCACUCCAGCUACUCGCUGCUGCCGGUCUUUCAGGACAGGAUGAGCUUUUGCCAGCAGCAUGACAACGAGGUGUUCCGGUUUUUCUGCGACACCUGCUCUGUGCCUAUCUGCCGGGAGUGCAGCGUGGGAAGACACGUAGGCCACAGUUUUAUCUACCUCCAGGACGCCGUGCAGGACUCCAGGGCCAUCACAAUCCAGCUGCUUGCGGACGCCCAGCAGGGCCGCCAGGCUGUGCAGCUCAGCAUCGAGAAGGCCCAAGCUAUUGCAGAGCAGGUGGAGAUAAAGGCCAAGUUUGUGCAAACUGAGGUCAAGGCUGUCACAUCGCGGCACAAGAAGGCCCUCGAAGAAAGGGAGUGCGAGCUGUUGUGGAAGGUGGAGAAGAUCCGGCAGGUGAAAGCGAAGUCCCUCUACCUCCAGGUGGAGAAGCUGCACCAGAACCUGAACAAGCUGGACAGCACCAUCACGGCCGUCCAGCAGGUCCUGGAGGAAGGCAGGAACAUGGACAUCCUGUUCGCCCGGGAGCGCAUGCUGACGCAGAUCCAGGAGCUGAAAGCCCUCAGGGGCAUGCUGCAGCCCCAGGAGGAUGACCGCAUCAUGUUCACGCCGCCGGACCAGGCUCUUUACAUUGCGAUCAAGUCCAUGGGGCUGAUCAGCAGCGGCGCUUUCGCACCUGUCACCAAAGCCACGGGGGAGGGUCUGAAGAGAGCCUUGCAGGGCAAAGUGGCGUCCUUCACGGUGGUGGGCUACGAUCACGACGGUGAGCCCCGGCUGUCGGGGGGGGAUGCGGUCACGGCGGUGGCCAUGGGCCCCGACGGAAACCUGUUUGCGGCAGAUGUAUCGGACCAUCAGAACGGGACGUACACAGUCAGUUACCUGCCCAAGAUGGAGGGGGAGCACCUCAUCUCGGUGCUCGUCUGCAACCAGCACAUCGAGGGCAGCCCCUUCAAGGUCCUCGUGAAGUCGGGCCGCAGCUACGGGGGCGUGGGGCUGCCCAUGGCCUCCUUUGGCGGAGAAGGGGACGGAGACGGUAAGCUCUGUCGGCCCUGGGGCAUCUGCGUGGACAAGGAGGGCUACGUGAUCGUGGCCGACCGCAGUAACAACCGGGUGCAGAUCUUCAAGCCCUGCGGCACCUUCCACCACAAGUUUGGCACCCUGGGCUCCCGGCCCGGUCAGUUUGACCGGCCUGCCGGCGUGGCCUGCGACAGCCAGAGGAGAAUCAUUGUGGCCGACAAGGACAAUCACCGCAUUCAGGUCUUUACAUUCGAGGGGCAGUUCCUCCUGAAGUUUGGGGAGAAGGGUACAAAGAAUGGGCAGUUCAACUAUCCCUGGGAUGUGGCGGUCAACUCUGAGGGCAAAAUCCUGGUCUCGGACACCCGGAACCACCGCAUACAGCUCUUCGGUCCGGAUGGGGUGUUCCUGAACAAGUACGGCUUCGAGGGCGCCCUGUGGAAGCACUUCGACUCCCCUCGGGGGGUGGCUUUCAACCACGAGGGCCACCUGGUGGUGACGGACUUCAACAACCACCGGCUGCUGGUCAUCCGGCCCGACUGCCAGUCCGCCCGUUUCCUGGGCUCGGAGGGCACGGGCAACGGGCAGUUCCUGCGGCCGCAGGGGGUGGCGGUAGACCAGGAGGGCCGCAUUAUCGUGGCCGACUCCCGCAACCAUCGGGUCCAGGUGUUUGAGCCCAAUGGCAGCUUCUUAUGCAAGUUCGGGACUCAGGGCAAUGGCUUUGGGCAGAUGGACCGCCCAUCGGGUAUAGCCAUUACGCCCGACGGCAUGAUCGUUGUCGUCGACUUCGGGAAUAAUAGAAUCCUGGUGUUCUGAAAACAAGAGAGCUCUUUCUCCUCAAAAUGAGAACAAGAAGGAGGAAAGAAAAUAAAAUGAAGAAAGAGAUUUUAAGAUACACUUCAUGAGGGUUCGGCCUUUAGGUUGAAUGAGGGAAAGGGUGGCCAUGAAAGGGAUUUUGAUUUUUUUCUGUACGUGUAAUGAGCUUUCUUUUGAAGGUCAACCGACACUCCCAUCAUCAGGGUUUAUAAAUUCAGAGAAAGCUUGCCUAGCUGUAGUGGGUUUUUCCUAUAUUGGGUUAUAUGGCUGUUUUGUGAAGUGGAAUCGGUGUCACUGACAGCAAAGGAAAAAGUAGAUCAAACAUUUUAGAUUCCUCGUAGCAAACAGGGUAGUCACCAACGUAGUGUGGGAUAUCUAGAAAGUACUAUAAACUCUUAUUAGAUUUCCGAUAGUUGUAAUUAUUAGAUAUCACUUGAAAGAUACUGUUGGAUUUGAGAGAAGAUUUAUGCUGUAUUUAUAACAUGAUGAUUUAGACUUAUUGUCUCAGUGGGCGAUGAACCAUAGAGCAGUAUUGGCCCCAUGCUUCAGUCACAACUGUUGCCAAUGUGGUCAAGUCCCUCAGAAAGGCUUGGCUGGCCUUCAUGUGCAUCUUAAAUUCCCUUUUAUUGAUCAUCUCAGGGAAUUACUUGCAUUCUUGAAAAUAUUUUACACUCUGCAUCAUACCUACCUCAUCUUGUUCAUAUAUGAAUGUACUUGUGUUUGUUGUGCAGAGAUUUAGUCCGUGAAGUUUUAUAAGAAGAAAAAAAAGUCUACCUCAAUGCUUUUUUAUUUAAGAGAGAGAAAAAAGAAAACAAAGUUAGGUUUAUAUUUGCACAGCUCGCACAAGUUUUCUAGAUUGUUACUGUGCACAUUAAGCAAUUUAAAAUACUGGAUAUUGCUGAAAAGAUAUUCAGAAUCAAAGGCUACAUGUUUAGGAUAAAGUGUGGAGACCUUUCGAUGAAUCUACUGUUUGUUUUUGAUGUUUUUUUAUGUUAGUUUUUGGGGCGUUUAACCACCAAAUGCUACAUGUUGUAACUGUGGCAAUUUCGCUUCAUGUCUUGGCUAGUCUAAACUCUACACUUUCUCCCCUUUUCAAAUUUAAAGUUUUGUAGCUGGUAGAAAUUGAAUAGGCAGGCUUGCCUUUUGUGAUAUAUAAAUAAUGGCAAAUGUUAGAGAGUUAUUUGCUUCUAUAGUAAGUUAGACCAAAUAGGCUAUAUGGUGAAUAACAGUAGCAGGUCAGUUCAUAAAUAGUAUGUUAACAGCAGCAUAAACAAUAAAUAGAAGAUGAUUCGAAGAUAAAUGCUGUUCUUAACCUUUGGGUGAAUUUGAAAUAAUUGGAUUAAGACAAGGAUACGAGGCAUUACAGAUUAAUUUGAAGUAGUCAAUAAAUACGCUUGACAAUUUUCCAUAAUUGCAGCAUUUAUAGAUAUUUCCUCUCCUCCAGGAUUACAGUGCUACAAUUAUGAUAGAGUAUAGAAGAGACUAUAGAACGUAUUACGGGCUUUGAGCAUGUAUGUUCAAUAAAGAAUAACGGGCUUCAUAAAGCAUGAUGGUAAUUUUUAGUGUUGUCACAAGGUAGUAUAAGACCCCAGAUAAUCCUUUUUUUAUUGAAACUUUUAAUGUGUUAUUUUUAAGUGAUACUUAGUGGUUCUGCAAAAAUGCAUUUGUUUGGAGUCUUAGAAGUUACGUUUGGGGACCUGCCAAAGUGUUUUCAAGCCGUGGUGGUGUUCCUCCUUACAAGGUUGCCUGGCCAACGUUGUUCUUUAACCUUUUUGUGUCGUGUUGAGUGAAGUGGGCUGUGAAAUAUUUACAGUACAGGGGCUACAUUUGCAAAUGGGCAACCGCAAACCCACCAUCACUACACAUGACCGGUUUUCUCCACACUGAGGCAUUGGAUGAAAUCCAAGCAUUGUGGGACAGUUUAUAUUGUUGCCGUCCUUUUAAUGUCCAAAAAGAUGUAGGUGCAAGUAGACCAACCUUUUAAAGAUUAGGGUCUAAUGCCAGCAAAGGAAGGGAACCAUGACUUGAGCACAAAUUGCCCUUUGUUUGGUGUCCAGUUACCUUUAUAACUUCAAUAUGUAAAAAAAGGCUCUUUAUUUUUUUUCUGAAGUCUAAAACUUCCUAAAAGCUAAGCACUGUAGCUGAGCCAAGCUUAAAAUGAAAAUUUAAAAUGAAAACAUUCAAUAGUGAUCAUAGAGAUGCGUAAUCUGGCUUUCAAUUAGGCAAGGAUAGAAAACAAUUUAAGUCUUCACUCACUGGAAUAGGUUUUUGAAGGAGAAGAUAUAUUUUUUAUUAUUUUAUUUAAGUCCUGAUAGGUCUAUGCUAAGUGUUUGUCCAAACAAUCUGGAGAGGGUUAGGGGUCAAAUUGUUUUGUGUAAAACAAACAGCUCUUUAGAACCUAAAACCCUAGCAUUGAUCCUGUAAGAACACUUCCAUGUCUAUUUCAUAUUUGUGAGUUUUCAUUUUAGUGCAGUAACAGACCUAUUACACGAAUACAGUUAACCCAGACUUCUUAAAAUAUGAUAUUCCUUGUUCAUUUACCAUAAUAGUUAUUCUGUUAAACUGAAACUGGGAUUUAAAUCUUUAAAUGGUUUGUACGUCUUGGGUAGACCCAGACAAACAUUGAAAAUGGGUGUCAGACACUAGUUUUCUCCGCAUCUUCCUAACAUCUGCUGUAUGUUUAAAGCAUGUUUGGUCUGUUAGGGCCUUUUUUAGAAAAUCUUCCACAAAAAGUACUAAAUGAUUAAAAUUUCAUUACCCUGUCCUACCAAAGAUGCUAGAAGCGAUAUCCAUGCUGUAUGGUAUUUAUCACGAAGGGUUCUGCUUACUGAAGCGCUCUCAGAGCAAAGUAAUUCGGCCUUUAAAAUUGUUUUUUACCAUCUUGCUUUUUCAUUGUACUGAAAGCGUCCUCAUCAGUCUUGAUGGUACAGCAGCAUUCCCUUCCUGCCCUUACUUGGUGACUUAUCAAAAUCAGCUUGCGCAUUCUGUGCCAACCGAAAUAAAUAGUCCCCUCAUGUCUCAACAAUUCCACAAACGCAGUAGAAUUCGGUCUCUUAUUCAAUUAUUAGUUUCUUGGACAUUUAUUUUUACAUUGCUUCACAACGCCUGUCACGAUUGUAGUACAGUAGGUUAACACAUGAACAGUGUGUCUACGUCAGGCGGGUGGCAGGAUUUUUAAAGAGUGCUCUACUGCUGUAGUAAAUCUUUCUUUAUGCCAGGGGUGCUGCAGCUUGUCACCUUGAUCGGGAGCCUUCUCCUUGCUUUUCUCCUCACUAACACGGCAGACCAUGAACAAUUAACCAGGACUGAUGUCUCUGGUCUGUAUCCGCACUGCUGGCAAGUCCCGAGUCGCACAGGAUUGAAAACUCUCACAUUGCGGUCUUGAUCGAGGGACUGAUUAAGCAAAUGCCGCUUAACAGAGUGUAGAGGCAACAUCUCUCUCUAGAGAAUUUUUAAUGGUUUGCAAGCUCAAGCAAAAUCAGGAGCAGGAAGGAAAUGGUACAGUAGAUUGGGAAAGGAACUUAAGCACACGUGCCUGUUGCGGGUUCUAAUGUGUCCUUUGAAAGUAAUUGAAAGACAGGAGAAGAUUCUGCACCAGAACCCUUGAAAAAAAAUAAAUGUGCCAAAUGGCUACACCUGAUCUCACCAAGCAGGCUAGCUGGUCUGUGCUGUCAAAAAUCCCCCCUUUAUAAGUUAGCAGAAAAAAACAUUAGUUUUACUGUUCUGUUUCCAGGUUUCUGUCAUCUUGCCUCCGCAAAUAUCACAAUCUACCUUAAGAGGUGAUGCAAAAACAUUUUUUUCCAAAUUAGAUCUGCAUAUCUGAUAGUAAAGAUUCUUCCGGUUUUCUGAACACAGGACUUGGAGCUGCAAGAAAAAGGGACCCAGCCUGCAUCGAAUCCAGACAGUUCUGCUUGCAUGCUGUUUGUUUUCUUUGACCACCUCCCCGACAUAUUUGCGUUUUUGCUGCGUUUUGAGACUUCGGCAAGAGCUUUAAUUAGAACUUGAUUUGGACUUACAUUCUUGUGUUUAAUGAAGCUUAUUAACAGUGGUGCAGGAUGUGACCAGAGUGUUGCAGAAAACACACUUUCUUCCUGAUAGGAUUUAGGAAUGUUUCUCGCACACUUCUGUGAAGACUGUUUUUACAGUCUAGUUCUGUUCUCUUUAGGCGGCUGCCCCUGUGCAAUAGCAGUUUAAGCAGAUGAAGUUCCACAGUUGCGAAAUGCAUGUGUGCACUCCUUCAUUUUCAUCACAGUGAACAGAUAUCGGCCCCCAGAUGCUCCGACUCCAAAUAGGUCCCGUUUUCAAAACAUAAGGCUGCUUUUGCGGAGACGGAGAGCAGAGUAGAGGAAAUGGGGAGAGACGAGCAAAGAGCUGUAGAUAGAUGACAAGAAGAUUAGAUGAUGUCCUUUAAGGCUUUUCUUUAUGAAUCUGAAGGUCUGCAAUUUUAAGUCCAGAAAACACCUUUUGAUUUAUCAAAAAAAACUUUAAAAAAAUAACCCUUUCUCACCCCCACUCUUCCAAGUUUAAAUGCAGUGUCUAAUUACGUUCCUGUUUCCUUUGGGGUCUUGCAGAUUGUUUUGUUUCAUUAAUGGGCAAGUAUUUCCUGACUAGCGAGCUGACUUGAGUUGAAGCUUGUUGAACAACACAUUUUAUGAGUUGUGUUCAGCAGUAAGUGAGGCACCAUUAAAGAGGUCUGUAAAAGCAGUUAGCACGACCCUCUUCCUAACUAUAUGCAAGAGUUUCAACAAAGCCUCUGUGCAAAGACUGCGAACAGCUCGUAGCAAAAAGAAAAAUGUUUUGACAGGUUUUGCGCUGUCAAAAAUGUACACCAAGUUGUGGGUUAUGCUAAAUUUAACAAGAACACAAAGGAACUGUAUCCCCUUAAAAAAACAUUUUUUCUUGACCAUUCUAGUUGUAACAGAAAUUAAUACAUGCUUUUGUUGAAUUUAGUUUACCUUAAAACAAGCAAAAAAGCUCCACACAGGUGAAUCCACUAAUUUGUAGAAGCACAGCUAUCUGUGCAAAAUGUAUUGGUUAUUUUGGCUGUAUUCAGUCAUUUAUUUGAUUUAAAUGUUACAGAUGAAUCCCAUAAAAAUCCUAUCAUGUUGAUUUUUUUUUUUAAGCUUUGAAGGGGAUGCAGUUCUUUUAGUUUAUCAUGCGAUGAUUGUGCCUUUUUAUAUAUUGGGAAAUUGAUCAGCACAGGUCUGAGAGAUGUGCCAAAAAAUAUUGUAAAAAUAUGUAAAAAUACCUGGGUGCCAAAAUAAGAAGUAUAGGGGGAUUUAUGAGUGAUUGUUUUCUGAAGGAAGAUGUGAACACAACAUUUCUUGAAAAUUUUGGCACCAUUAGUAUCCCGUAUUAUAGUUUUUGCAAUUUAAACUCCUUUUUUCUUAACUACAGAUUGUACCCUAAAAUAAACCUUACAGGGAAGACUAAUAAUCACUUAGCCCCUCUGUCAUACACUUUCCUACCUCAUUACCCGUCACCACCGCUCAGUUAACUUUUUACCUCAAUGCAGUGAUUGUAGAAAUGUGCAUUUAGUGUCAACUCAGAAGGCUGAAGGACGUAACUUGAUUUAAAAAAUCCAAAUAGAAGUGUUGAGAAUUCAAACUGUAGUUUAGUACAAAGUAUUUAAAAAAGAGCCUGUUUACCAAGUUGUUAGCACAUUGUGUAAAAGGGUGAGCCAGUAUGGAAACAGUAUUUCUGCUGCUUUAAACAAACUAUCAACACUGACACGAUCUUUUGGUUUCAGUAUUAUGUAAAACAUUCAGUCUGCUUACAUCAUUUGAAAUUAAGUUGCAGAGUUCUGUCUCUUUAAGACCUAUAGGUCUUUACUCUAUAAGAGAAAAAUGUUUGUUAUUUUAAAAAUGUUUGCAUGCUUUAAAAGUUCUAGUAGAGAAGCUUCUUUGAGAUUGGUAUUAAAAAGAAACUUCUACCAUUUUUAUGCUAUACCAAAAUAUUUGUUUGGUGGGUUGCGGUGAGUGGCUUUGACUAUGAGAUUGUAUCUCCUUUUUAAAUAGCUUUAUGUGUCCCAUUCAAGGUAUUGCAGUAAUUCAGUUAUUAUAGUUGUUGAAAUCCACAUGCCUUAACACUACUGUACCGGAAUGUUGUUUGACUUCUUUCCAGUGCUUACUUCUUUAUACGCAAUUUAAACUGCCAAAGUCGCUCUGGAACGCGUUUUACAAAUGAGUUCCCUGCUUCUGCUGCCAUUUGUUAAGAACUCUUAGCAUCAAAACAUUGCGUUCCUGCUAAAUGACAUGCACAGAGGUGUGGAAAAUAGUGCGCAUACAGUGUUCUCUGUGUAUGGAAGUAAGCUUUGUGGACACAUGAGCUGUCGCAGCAUGUCGGAGGCCCCGGCAGUUCGUCAGGAAGCGCAGUUCCUUGCAGGGCAGUAUAUACGUAUUCCUCUCUUCCUCAGCCAGUGCUGGUGGCAGGCUGGACCAAAGACUUGGGGAUCCUGAUCCCCGAGAACGAAAAGGUGUUCUCUCGGUGUCCGCUGAUCAUAUACAAAUAGUUUUGAAAAAAUAGCGGAUUUUAGACUGCUAAGAAAGGGACUGCCCUAUGUCUUAAGGCUGUUGAAUGUAAUAAACAUGGCAUAAUGUCUUUUGGGGGUAAAGACACAGCUGUCUAAUGUGGUUUGAUGGCCUGUACAGAGAGGAGUGAAGAUGUUGUGAGGAAAGAACGACAGAGGGGGGGGAAAAAGCAACAAAUUCUUCAUUAUUCUUCACAUAGCAGAGACCUGCGCAUUCUGCCCUCUGCCAAUUUAAGUAUGAAAGUUUAGUGAGAAUGCCUAACGAAUCGGAGGCACCUCCACUGUAUGGGCAGCGUCUCGACAGCUGUAUAUUGUUUUGCAGAUCACACUCCAAAUUACAUUAUGCCAGCCUUUUUGUAUGCUUUAUGUAAUUCAGGUAAAAAAAGAUACAAGUCAACAAGUGAAUGUGUUGGUGGCAGUGGCUAUUUUUGCUAUGCUUUACCUUGAGUGGGUCUCUGAUUUCCUGUUGUACGGGUUUGCUAGCCAGUUUGGUGUAUUCCAUCAUUUGCUUUGCCUCUUAUGGUUAAAAAAGCAAUGUGUACCAGUUCUUAAGUGCAUGGUCUUAGACCUCUUUUAAUGAUUGUAUAAUCUUGAAAAAAAAAAGAAAAGUAAAAAAAAAAAAAAAGAUACUCAGGUAGCUUUCCCGGGCCCUGGUUUUUGGGAGCCUGUUUAACUUAAAUGUCGUGUCCUGUAGUGAAAUAGUGACUUUCUGUUAAAACUUCAGAAGAUUAGUAUUUGAUUUUGAUUAGCAUCUAUACUUCUUGAUCUGUGUAAGAACAUUGUUGCUUUCUGAAAUUCUGCGGGGUUACUGUUUAUUUUGUUGUUGUUGGUUUUUGUUCCUGUGUCCAUUGAAAAAACAAACAGCAAAACUGAAGGUUUCAAGGCAACCCUUUUGGAAGUUUUAUUUUGAGAACAGUUCUCCUGUUUAUUUAGGACACCCCCAAACUGACACAAAUGGGGAUUGGGAUGCGUUCUGUCAUGUUGGCGUUCACAAAAGAACACAAGUUUUUUAAAGAAAAGCUAUAUGGUUACAGCUGAAUAAACCAUACUAUAGACUUCGCAGUUUAAAACUAAAAUUGAGCAAAAUUUACUAAAGAGUAAGAAGAGUAGCUCUAGUGAUUUUAGAAAGAUGGUAAUUUGCUCUUACAAAAUGUAUUUUUGUGGUUCCUAUUGGGCUGUGAAACGCGGAAAUCUCCUCAGGCCUGAUAGUCUGUCAGAUUAACAACAGUUUUCAUUUUUGUCCGUCAAGACCGUGAACUUCAAAUGGUGCAGUGCUGACCAAGGUCUCUGCGAGCAAAUGUUCUGUGCUUAUCGAUCACUGGUAGAAAUCCUAGUUCCUCUAACUCGUCAUUUUAAGUUGAAUGAGGAAAAAACAUUGAUCGCUAUUUCUCUAGAAGCUAAAUCUCGCUCUUGAAAUCUAGUAAUGCGCAUGUUGGAAGAUGGCAUAAUACACAGUGGCUAAAAUGAUACAGCCCUAGAAAAUCUGAAUUCCUUCAUCACCUUGAUUCUUCUGGAGGGGUUGGUGGGCUUAUGUAGCCAUCUUCCUGUUGUUUUUUUAGGAAACUCCUGCUGUGUAAAUCUUUACAGGGCGAUGCAUGACAGAGUGCCUCCCAUUUCUCCCUUUUCUGUUUGUGGCCGGGUGCUCAGCAUAUAUUCACUGAAUGUAUUUUCGUCACAGUCCACGAAGAGAGGCUGUCCUGUGUGACUGGCUUAGUUUAGAUGGAGGCUGGUGUCGCUGCCCUGUCCCGUGGAGGAGCUCCAGCUCUGAGCUCUGGGUCUGUGGGGGGAGGGGGUUCUCACAGGGGGCCACAGUCCUGCCUCAGAGGGCUGCCUGUUAAGAGUUGGUGUCACAUCUACUGUCUAAAUCAGGCUAAGGAGACAAUAAUAUAUUGGUUGCCUGCAGCCUUUAAACAAACUUGUUGUCUUUGUGGACUUUAAACGUUUCCUAUGCAGUUAUGAUUUUGUUUUUGUUUACACUUAAAUAAAACUUGUAUUUCUUGGA